GUUUGGUCCCUCGCAAAGGUUCAUAAAAUCGUUGCCUACAAGCACAUGUACAACAAGCUGUGCCUCUUUCCUUUUAUUUCGCUUCCCGACGUCCCGUCAAUUCAUCAUCAAUCGCAUCUCCGAACCAACGUUGCGCAGCAUCCUCACCGCUCGCGAGAUCUCAUAAGCCAGUUCCGCGGCUUCCGAUAAGUACUGCCAUCCUUAAGGCCGCCCUCGCCCGCGAAGCUCCUCAAGCUUCAAAUAUCCCUCUCUGCGCAUUGAAUCGUUCCGGCAUAUUUCCAUUGUCGACUCACAUACCUCAAAAAAAGAAUAUACCCAUUACUUCAACCCCCGGUGGUCGAGGAUCUAAUUGCGAACGUCGAUUCGACAUCUCGGACCUCAGACGCGAAAUUGCCGAGCUUACCAUAACCGCGCCAUAUAUCGCAACACAAUGUCUUACAGCGGUUAUCAGUCGUACGGUGGCAACCCUUACGGGCAGUCGGGAGAAGAGCAGACAGGUCAGGCUGCAAAUCCUCAUGGAGGACAAGAACCCAAUCCAUAUGGAAGAGCGACUAGUGGAUACGGACAAACUGCUAGCCCUUAUGAGCGCGCCCAGAGUGGUUACGGAGCAUCGAAUCCAUAUGGUACACAGGAUCCCAAUGUGUUGGAGCCUCCCCCACCGCUUCAGCACGAAAAUUCGAACUACUCGCAGACCUCCCAAUACUCCAGCCCGAGCGCGCCACCUACCCAUCAAGGCGGCGCACCAUUGAGUAAACAGGAUUUUCUUGCGCGCAUUGAGGGAGCAAGGGGUCGCAUCAACUCAUUGAGUACCCACAUUCAGAAUAUCGCAAGCAUCCACCAGCGACUGGUGUCCUCUCCUGACACCAAUGCGUCAGCGCAGCUAGAGAGUCUGGUCACUAGCACUCAAAUACGCAAUACGGAGAUCAAAGACGAGAUCAAGUUCUUAGAGAGGGACGCAGCGCGAGAUCCUGGAAACACUUUGAAGAAGACUCAAGUGGAAUCUCUGAAGCGCUCUUUCAAGGACCAAUUGACUCAAUUCCAGAAUGAGGAAAGAGACUAUCGCGAACGAUAUAAGGAUGCCGUGGCUCGACAGUAUCGCAUUGUGAAUCCAGACGCUACAGAGGCGGAGGUGGAGGAGGCGAGAAACGCAGAUUGGGGCGAUGAAGGGAUCUUCCAGCAAGCUCUCAAGAGCAACCGCUCUGGACAGGCAACGAGCGUGCUAGGCGCAGUACGAGCCCGCCAUAAUGACAUCCAGCGCAUCGAGAAGACGAUGGUCGAGUUGUCUGUACUAUUCGAUCAGCUUGCUCAAGAGGUCGUGGUUCAGGAACAAGCGGUCGUGGACGUAGAGCGACAGGCAGAGGGGGUGAAGGAUGAUGUCGAGGGUGGCAACACGCAAUUAGACCAGGGUAUCAAGUCUGCUAGAAGAGCGCGGAAGUUGAAAUGGUGGACGCUCGCCGUUGUCGUUGCCAUCAUCGCCAUUCUCGCGCUGGUCCUUGGUAUCUACUUUGGAACUCAGAAAAAAUAGACAAAGAAGAUCGCGAAUCUUAGCAGAGGCGAGGUUCUACGAUCUGUUGGGGAUGCCUUUUGAGGAUAGAAGAGAGGCGGUAAUGGCAGGCGAGCAUAUGGAUGAGCACCGUAACCGGAACAGUGUUUCUUCACGACAUAUGCGACAAGACUGCAUAGGUGCAGAUCUGGUAAUACUUAUCUAAAAUGUGGUGGAGACGUUAAUACUGUAGGAAGUCCACGUACAUACAUAUAAUGACCUCAUGUUGUUCAAUUUCAU